AUGCUGCUCCCCAGAGCUGGCUGCAUCCCAGCAUCAGGUGCAGGACCUGGUAGAGCUACCGUGCCCCACCCCAGAGGCAGCGUCCACCAGUCUUGGGCCCCUUACGAGUGUCAGCUGGGGCGUGCCACGACCUUUGCCCUGUCUCCCUACAGCAAAUACGACCUGCAGGGGAUCGGGGCGCUGGCGGUGAACCCCCUGGGGGACCGGAUCAUCAACGCCUUCUUCAGGGAGGGGGAGGAGUUCACCGAUUUCCGAGCCUUCAUGCGGGUGCUGGCCCGUUUCCGGCCCGUGGAGGAAGGAAAGUCCAAGGAGACUGGUUACCCGGAGCCCAUGAACAGCCGACUCAGCAAGCUGCAGUUUGCUUUUCAGCUCUAUGACCAAGAUAGUGACGGGAAGAUCUCCCGGGCCGAGAUGCUGCAGGUGCUGCGGCUGAUGGUCGGCAUCCAGGUGACAGACGAGCAGCUGGCGUGCAUUGCCGACCGCACCAUCCAGGAGGCCGACCAGGACGGUGACGGCGCCAUCUCCUUCGAGGAGUUUGCCACGUCCGUGGAGAAGCUGAACAUCGAGCAGAGAAUGAGCCUCCGGAUGCUGAAAUGACCCGUCCGGCUCCGACCUUCCCCCUGCCGGCCACGCUGCACCGGAGGGGGCAGCAACCAAUCAGCUUUCAGCCCCGCCUUCUCGUCCUAUCCAAUCCACCUCCUUGCCUCGGCAGAGUUCCGGAUGGAGAAGAGCCGUGUCCAAUCCGAUUUCACCUCUGCCCCUUGUCUGAGCUGGAUCGGGUUGAAGAAGGGCUGCAGCCAAUCGGAUUUCAGUGCUGACAAAGAGCCUGCUGGGAGGCUGGCCAAUGGCCAAUUAGAGCAGCCUCGGGGCUGCUCUACCUCACACUCUACCCCUCUCGGGCCGGGGGAGCGCGCCCCCCAUUGACCCCUGUGCCGGGAGGCAGGGCCCUUACGCACCGCAGCCAGGGAUGCGCACUGGGGGCUCAGCGUGCCUGGGAACUGGGCCCAAAGUCUCCCACUGUCGGGACUGGGUUUGCUUGGAUUCACUCUGCCGGUCGGCUAAGCAAUAAAGUAACUGGAAAACCUCGGCCCUGGCCGUGAAUUUCCACCUGGAGCUCGUGCCAGCCCAAGGCUGC